AUGUUUUCCAAUAGUAAAGACCCUAAUAUCAAAGUAGAAGAAUUAAAAUGCUUCAUUUCCAUUCUCAUUGUAAGUGGUUAUAAUUCACUUCCGGGUAAGCUAUAUUAUUGGGAAGACAGAAAAGAUAUGAAAAAUGAAAUGGUGAGUAAUGCAAUGCGCCGUGAUCGGUUUCUUCAAAUUUCAAGCUUUCAACCUUAUCAAUAUUUAUCGUAUGAUGAAUCUAUGAUUAAAUAUUACGGUAGACAUGGUUUUAAACAACUUUUAAGGGGUAAGCCUAUUCGUUUCGGGUAUAAAGCAUGGUGUCUAACUAGAGAUUUUGGAUAUCUUCUAAACUUUGAUAUAUACCAAGGGAAAUCUCCGAAUUUAAACACAGCUUACGAAGAUGAAUAUGGUAAAGCUGCUACCCCAUUAAUGAUUAUGCUUGAUGAUUUACCAGAAGAAAAAAAACUAUCAUAUUCUAUUUAUUUCGAUAACUUAUUCAUCGGAUUUAAUCUCUUAGUUGACUUACGUGAACGUGGAUACGGAGGAACAGGAACAAUACGAUACAAUAGUAUUCCAAAAAGUUGUCCUAUUAUUGUUUCAAUGUCACCUAAUAUUCAUGGAACUGAACCCGUGUCAACAGUCAGACGAUUUUCACAACAUCAAAAAAAAUUUAUUCAAGUUCCUCGGCCAGCAAUAAUUGCUAAUUAUAACAAACACAUGGGUGGAGUCGAUCGAAUGGAUGAAGACAUAGCCAGAUAUCGAGUAGGGAUUCGUGGAAAAAAUGGUGGUGGCCUAUUUUUACUUGGCUCUUGGACGUGGCAAUAA